AUGGUAUUUCUACACCGAAAGGGCGCCACAACUAAACCAUUGCUUAAUUAUCUGCGAAUUAAGCGAGAAGUGAAAGAAGAGGCACAACUCUUUCAUUUGGUUAACGCUAAGUUUAUUGAAAGCAUAGUUUUCGGUGUGUCUGACAUUACAGGAGUUCAUACGUUUAACCACUACUGGACCAACUAA